AUGUUCACCAGAGUCACCAUCCUGAAUCAGGUGCUUCUGCUCUCAUCAGUGCUCCUGCUCUUCUGGCUGUGUUGGUGGUACGGCACCGUGCCAUCCACUCCUGGUAGGACCCAUGUGCUCCUCCUUUCCAGCUGGUGCUCGGGCUCCACCUUUGCUGGCCAGCUUUUCAGGCAGCAUCCUGAAGUCUUCCACCUGAUGGAGCCGGCCAAGCAUAUCUGCCACCACCUUCCCAGAGGCAGCCCGGAGCUGCUGCAGGGGCCCGCCUGGGACCUGCUCCAUUCCCUCUUCCGGUGUGAGGCAGCCACGCUACAGGACUUCAUGCUGCAGGCCUGCUGGAUGUCCCAGGUCUUCCAGCACGUGGACAUCGAGAGGUCUGUGGGGUGGCAGGCCUGCUCCCAGGCCUGGAGGCACCAGCUUAGCUUCCACCAGGUGCAGGAGAUCUGCAAGACGGCCAUGGAGGUCUUUGUGUACAGGCCAGUCAGCUCAGAGGAGGAGUGGAGGGAUCUAGUACUUCCUAGAAAAGAGAUCAAGGCCCAGACAAAGGGUAAGACCUCCGGGGACGCAGCAGCAGGUGGGAUGACACCUGGAUCCUCUCAGUUUCCAGAGCCAGAGAUGAUGCUUGGCAAAGGGGAACGGGAAGAUGGAAACCAAAGCUCCUUGGGGGAAUUCAUCCUGCUAGGGGUGUCUGACCGGCCACAGUUUGAGCUGCUGCUCUUUGUGCUCAUUUUAACCUGCUACACCAUGAUCUUGCUUGGAAACACCACCAUCAUCGUGGUCUCAUGGCUAGACCCCCAUCUCCACACGCCCAUGUAUUUCUUCCUCAGCAACCUCUCUUUCCUGGACCUCUGCUACACCACCAGCAUUGGCCCCCAGAUGCUGGUGAACUUCCGCAGCACCUACAAAUCCAUCUCCUGGGCCGGCUGUGUGGCCCAGCUCUACAUCUCCCUCUCUCUGGGCGGCACCGAGUGCCUCCUGCUGGCCGUCAUGGCCUACGACCGCUAUACUGCCAUCUGCCAGCCACUGCACUACACAAUCAUCAUGAGCCGCCGCCUCUGCCUGCAGCUGGCAGCCACCUCCUGGUUGUGUGGCUUCGGCAACUCCAUCCUGCAGACCAUCCUGACGCUGCAGCUGCCCCGGUGCGGGCGGAACCAAAUCGAGCACUUCUUCUGCGAGGUACCGGCCCUGCUCAAGCUGGCCUGUGUCGAUACCUCUGCCAAUGAGGCCGAGCUCCUUGCCAGUGGGGUGAUUUUGCUGCUGGUUCCACUGGGCCUCAUCCUGGUCUCCUAUGGCUACAUCAGCACCGCUGUGCUGAGGAUUCACUCGGCCCAGGGCAGGCUCAAGGCCUUCAACACUUGUUCCUCCCAUCUGGCCGUGGUGUCACUCUUCUAUGGCACGGCCAUUUCCACGUAUCUACAGCCUCCAUCCAGCUACUCCCAGGACCGAGGCAAGAUGGUCUCCCUCUUCUACACCAUGGUGACCCCCAUGCUCAACCCCCUCAUCUACACGCUGAGGAACAAGGAGGUGCACAGGGCCCUGUGGAGGGCACUGGGGAGAAAUGUGACCGCCCAGGUGACCUGA